AUGGGCAAUUACAUUUCUUGCACUUUGGCUCCUCCUUUGAUCAAGAACACAAGGUCAACACGCGUGAUCUUCCCCACGGGUGAGGUGAAGCAAUACAAGAAAGCAGUGAGUGUUGCAGAGCUGAUGAUGGAGUGCCCCACUAACUUCUUAACCAAUUCCAAGUCUCUACACAUUGGACGAAGGUUUUCACCUCUCGCAGCCGACCAAGGGUUGGAGUGUGGCAACCUCUACAUCUUCUUCCCCAUGAGAAGACUCAAUUCCGUCGUCACCGCCGCCGACGUGGCCGCGCUCUUCAUGGCGGCCAACAUGAGGGCCAAACGGAUAUCUGGAGUUAAAGAUUUAAUGUCACGUGAUCAUCAUCACUCGAGUGUUGGAGUACACAAUGAAGAGUCGAGGUUGGAAGGGUUUGAAGUUGAAUUAGGGUUUCGGAAUAGGUUCAGUUAUUGUAGGUCAAGGAAGCCUGUGUUGGAAACCAUCAAUGAGGAACCCUUUUGGUUGAGGUGA